AUGCCGCGUCCCGCAAGGCGCCCGUGGGGGAGCCGGCCCCCUGCCCGUCCCUGCCGGGCCCGCCGCUGUGCCGCCCCCGCGGGGCUCUCUCCCUCUCGGCUGUGGCACCUUCUGAAGAGUCUGUGGGAGAGCUCCUCCCUCUGGUGGUGGUGGUGGUGGAGCAGCACCAGCUCUUGGCUCCGCCUGACGAGGCCCCGGCCCCGGCCCCGAGCGAGGCCCCUCCCGUGGCUCCCCCCGCAGCAGCCCCGCAGCCGCCCGGCUCCUGCCCCAUCGCCGGCAGCUUCCCCUGUCCGAGCCCCGCCGCCCGUCAGCUCGGCCGCCGGCCCCGAGCCGCCGGAGCCCGGGGCGGCUCAGGAAGCAGCAGCGCCCGGGGCGGGCGGGUGCCCCGGGCAGAAUGGCGAGAGCGCGGUGCCGGCCGCACGGGCGGAGAAACCUCCCCUGGAGCAGCUCUACCGGCUGGGCCCGCUGCUGGGGAGCGGCGGCUGCGGCAGAGUUUACGCCGGGACCCGGCUCGCCGACGGCGCCCCGGUGGCCAUCAAAGCAGUGCCCCGCGAUCGCAUCUGGGAGUGGGCGCGGCUGCACGACGGCGCCCUUGUGCCCCUGGAGCUGGUGCUGCUCUCCAUGGUGUCGUGCCCUGGCUUCCGCGGCGUUGUACAACUCCUGGACUGGUUCGAGCUGCCCGACGGCUUUGCCCUCAUCAUGGAGCGUCCGGAGCGCUGCCGGGACCUCUGGCACCUGCUGCACGCAGGGGAGUUCCUGCCAGAGCCCGUGGCACGGGGGGUGUUCCGCCAGGUGCUGCAGGCCUUGCGGCACUGCACCAGCCGCGGCGUGCUGCACCGCGACAUCAAGGCCGAGAACAUCCUCGUUGACCUGGCCACCGGCGACGCAAAGCUCAUUGACUUUGGGUGCGGCACCAUCCUCCAGGACACCUUGUACACCCACAUGGCAGGAACGCGGGAGUACUUCCCACCAGAGUGGAUCCUCUUCGGCCGCUACCACGGCCAGCCAGCCACCAUCUGGACCCUGGGCAUCCUGCUGUAUCAGCUGGUGUGCAGGCACCUUCCCUUUAAAACCAGAGAGGACAUCGUCCGGGGCCAGCUCUUCUUCCCUCCCCGGGUGUCUCAAGAGUGCCAGCACCUCAUCAGGUGGUGUUUAUGCAUGGACCCUGCAGACAGGCCAUGCCUGGAAGACCUUUUAGAGCAUCCUUGGCUGCAGCAGCCCCACCUGGCCCAUGAGACAGCAGAGAUCCAUCCCUCUGCACAGUAGGAUCCAGGAGCAGCCCAGCACGUACCAGCUGCUGGCGUCUCAUGGCGCUCCAAGAAAUGCCCAGAGCGUUUCCCUGUGGCCGUGGCACAGAGCGGAGAGCACGGCCGAGGAGAUGCUUCUGUGGGUCCCCGGCGAGUUGUGGAGGGAGCGGCUCAGGGCUCCCCGUCCUAUUGGAGAAGUCAUGGCACAGUGCGGUGAAGUUACCAUGGACUGGAGAAGGGGAAACAUCCCCCUGCAGCUCAAUGGCAUCGUGAUGUCCCCACAAGCCGAGGCACAGCUGGCGUGUUCUUCUGCAGCACGACGUGGAGCCGGAGAACGUCCUGGAGCUGGU